GGCGGAGCGCAUUAGGGCAUCCACGUCGAAUGCCGAGCCAUUGCCUAGAUUCGUGAGAGAGGAGAGAGAUUUUCGUGAAAUAAACGCCCAAUUUACUGGAAAAGUAUUUUUAAAUCGAAUAUGUGAAUUUUUUUAAUCGCUUUCACUCCAUCCCCUUCCUUUGAUAUCGAUGAUAAUUUGAUUCUCGGCGACGAAGCGCUAGGCGAAGGAAGGACGAACCGUGCCUGAGUGGAGAGAGAGACAAGCAGAAAAAGAAGUGAAGCUUCGGGCGUUCCUGUCGUUCGUUAAUGGCGCCCGAGGAGGGGACGAGGAAGCACCGUGGAGUUUGUCAAACAAAAGGUGAAGAAGGAGCUUGAUUGAGGAUUUCAUUUCCCUCAGUGUCUAAAGGUGAAAAAAUCUCGAGAAAAUUUAAUUUGGGAGGAAGGAGGAAGCCGGUAACUCUACCAACUACCAAGCGAGAGAGAGAGAGAGAGAGAGAGAGAAAGAGAGGGAGGGAGAGGACUAAUGAAAGCGGCAUGGAAGCGGAAGAGACGCUCUCGUACGCAGCGAAGCGAUCAAGGAACAAUGUAAAAGCUCUUCUAAACGAAGUGAGGCAGCAAACGGCGACAACGGAAGAAGAAGACGACGACGACGAGGAAGAAGACGGAGGAGGAGGGACAGGAGGAGAGGAUGAGGAGGAAGGAGAAGACGGAGAAGAGGACACGAAGCCGUCAUCCUCUUGGAAGAUGCAGCACCAGCACCAGCAAUCUAUGCAGCUGCAGAUGCAGCAUCCGCAGACGUCCAGGAUCUUUAGGGUUUCGAGGGCGUCUGGGGGCAAGGACCGGCAUAGCAAGGUACUGACAGCGAAGGGCCUUCGUGACCGCAGGGUGCGCCUCUCGGUGUCAACCGCGAUUCAGUUCUACGACCUGCAGGACAGGUUAGGUUUCGAUCAGCCCAGUAAGGCUGUGGACUGGCUCAUAAAAGCUGCUGCCGACGCCAUAGCAGAGCUUCCAUCUCUGGAAGGCACGCUCUUGGACAGGCUGCCAUCCGCCGGCCCCGACCAGGACCCUGCCCAACCUCUUCCUCUGAGCACCCGAUCAGCCUGCAGCAGCACCUCUGAGACGAGCAGAGGCUCCGUUUUAUCACUUUCACGCUCUGAGAUACGCGUCAAGGCCAGAGAGAGGGCCAGGGAGAGGGCGAAGGAUAAGGUCGUCACAGUUGCCACGAUCGCCACCGCAACAUCGGUUGAAGAGGUCGCCUCCCAAAAAUGCAACACGCAGCAACACCAACAACCCUACUCAUCUUCCUCCUUCACUAACCUCCUCAUGGACCUUCAGAAUCAGCACCCCGGUUUUCCGUACAAGACCAGCAACAGGCAACCCGUGUCCGUGAAGAAGCCGGAGCCUCCACCAAUGCUUUCGCCCGUCCUGGACUAUUUCAAUACGAACGCCGCCGCCUCCGUCUUCUCUCAGGGCAAAUCUCAGGCCUCCUUGGUCAUGCCCUCACCGAACCUCGUGAACUCGUCUCAGCUGAUGAGCAGUGCUCCGUUGAACCCGCCUUGUAACCUGGGGUUAGUGGACCACCACACGGAACUCCAGCAAUUCGCUUUCUUGCAAGGCAACCACGUCCCUGUCGCCAACUCGAACGACUACAACUGUUUCGCUGCCGGCUCCAAUAGGGGGACCCUUCAGUCCAAUUCGUCUGCAUUGAUGUCUCACCACCACCAUCACCAGAAGCUUGCCCCUCCGUUUUCCAACAACCAAGGAGCGUCCUCAGGGCUGCCGUUCUUCAUCGGUCAAACGCAGGGAACAGGUGGGAGCCAGUUCCAACCUGGGCUUGACGCUCGCCUUCAUCUGUAUUACAGCGACGGAAGCAGGCACACCGAUCUGAAGGAAGAAGGGAAGAGCUGAUGGCCUGUCAAGUGGUGGGCUCUCUUUCUCUCUCAGGUACCACCACCAAUCGACAUCUUUCUUUUAUCUUCCUCAUUUUACCCAAAGUGCAAUACCAUUAUCACACACGAGGCAAACGGUUAUUGGCCAUCGAUGUUGCCGUCGCAUCUUUUUUUUCCUUUUAAAAUUCGGAUCAUCGUCUCUGUUGUAAUUGUUGCUAUUAUAAUCUUUUAGUAUGUUUUGCUUUCCCUGA